UCCUCCAGUGUGUAUGCAAUAACUGAAGAGGAUAAUUACAUGCAAGCCGGGAGCCUGAAUCUGUUCAUAGACUAUUUUUCUGGCAGAGGAUUUAAUCAGCAGCAAGCCAACAACUGAUCUUGCAUCCCGAGACUUGUGUACUCUGGCAUUAGUAAUGACGAUACUUGAACUAAAAUCUGCUUUCUGAUUGCUGGUGUUGUUCCUUUCUGGCACAACUUGCAUUUGUUCUUGUCCGUUGCUAGGCUGUCUUUUAGAACAAUAUGUUCUGGGGCAUCAAUUCUCUUUUCUGUCGUACUUUCGUAUAUGUUUGUUAUCUUGCUUUCAGACAUCAGCAUCUCCUGACUCCUGUGCAUAAGUUAUAGUUGCUCAGAACAAUCAGUAAAUUGAUGAUUUAAUUACAAAACAUCAAAUUCAGUAUCUUGGCAUGUGGGAAGCAAUAUCCGCUUAUUGUAGUACUUGCAGACUUCUCUCGUUGUAAAUAUUCCUGAGUUUUCUCCCUUGAUGGUGAUGAAUGUUUGUUUUAGUGUGAUUACUUGCUGUAGUAUCCAAAUUUCAGUCAACAGGGAGUAGGUGAGAAAUCAACUUUGAGAUGGUAGUUGGUAUCUAUGGGGCUUGCAAUAUCAAUUGCAUAAAAUAGGGCAGAAUCUUUUAUUGAUCAUGUUGAUGGUAUCACCCCUUUGAAUUUGAAUGUCCAUCUGCUUAUUUAUAGCUUUAUAUCACUCUUGUUUGCAAGAGAUGAAAUGGACUAGCAGUAAUCAAGAUUCAAGAGGAAGAAGACAAACUUUCCAGCAUUACCAUGUCAAUUAGAGGCUCUGUAGAUGGAGAUCCCAUCUAAGAUUUGUAUAUCGGAGUCAGAGCAUUAUGCCUUAUAUACUAUAAGUCUCUGUGUGUUCCUAUUAAUCUAUCUUUCCCGAAUUAUGUGCAUAGUUAUGGGAUAAGGACACCAUCACCUUACCAGAAAGCCAUAUUUGAACCAACUCCACCUUACCAGAAAGCCAUAUUUGAACCAACUCCAUGCCAUCACCAUGAAGCUCAUUUAUGCUGGCUCAUUUAUGCUGGCUCAGUGUUGAGAAAAUAUGCAUGUAGCUAAAAACCUGAGUGUGUGUGGGUGUUUGUUGUAAGGGAUUCUUACCCCUUUUCCUUCUUAAUAUAAUGAUAUGCAGCUCUCCUGCGUGUUUGAGAAAAAAAGUGUUGAGAAAAGAUUUUGUAUAGUUUAUGUUUUUGCUGGCUUGAUUUCAGGACUUAUGUGCUCAGGUAUGGCGAGAUGGUUGCUGUGCCUUUUUUCCUUAUUACUGCUAUCAUGUCUUUCGGGCACAUCUGGGAUGCAUUGGGCAGACAGUAGUCGAGGGAGAAGAAACUUUUCUGUAGUACCAUGGCAGUUGGAGGUUUUGUGGACUGGAGAGGAAGCCUCAUCAAGAAAGAGGUGCAUGGAGGGGUCAGGGCAGCAUGGUUUAUGUACUUCCUGACUUUUGUAACAAGCAUGGUUAAUAUCCCAUUUUUGCUGAAUUCGGUCAUCUAUCUCCAAGGAACAAUGCAUAUGGGAGUAUCAGGCUCUGCAACUACAGUCACUAAUCUUGUUGGCGCCACAUCUGGAUUUGCUUUGAUAGGAGCUUUCCUCUCAGACUCGUACAUCACUCGUUCUAGGACUAUACUUCUGUUUGGUCCAUUGGAGUUUCUGGGCUAUGGAUUGCUUGCACUGCAAGCCUACAUUCCGUCACUCCAUCCACCACCUUGCAACAUUGAACUGAGUGACUGCAAAGAGGUCCAUGGUUGGAACGCUACACUAUUUUAUGCAGCCUUGUAUAUCAGUGCAUUUGGAGAAGGUUGCAUACGUGCUUGCUUGCCAUCCCUCGGAGCAGAUCAGUUUGACCAUGAAGACCCCUCUGAAUCCCACCAGCAGUCCAGCUUCUUUAACUGGUACACAUUUGGGAUCUCCUUUGGAGGUUUUGUGGGGCUAAUUUUCAUUGUGUGGCUUCAGAACUACAAGGGGUGGGACAUUGGACUUGGCUUCUGUGCCAUCCUAAUUCUUCUUGGAUUGCUUGUAUUUGCGGCUGGUCUUCCUUUCUACCGCAACCAAGUACCUGAGGGAAGCCCUCUAACUCGAAUCCUGCAGGUUCUUGUGGUUGCAUUCAGAAACAGGAGGUUUGAACUGCCUGAGGAGCUGGAAGAAGCACGGGGAAGCAGUGCUGAACGAGGCUCUGCUAAAGUACUCCCCCAAACAAAUAUCGUCAAAUUCCUCGAUAAAGCUUGCAUUAACCAUGGCAAAGAAGGAGCCUGGUCACUUUGCAGUGUGACAAAGGUGGAGGAGACAAAGAUUGUGUUCCGUAUGCUUCCUCUGUUUGUCAGCUCCAUGAUUGGAUACGUAUCGAACCCUAUCAUCUUAACAUUCACCGUUCAGCAAGGUGGCAUGACAAACACACGGCUCGGCAAGAUCCAUAUCUCCCCCGCGACACUCUUUAUCAUCCCCACCACAUUCCAGAUGGUAAUGCUCGCCAUCUAUGACCAGUUCAUAGUGCCAUUCUUGCGCAGGCGCACGGGCUAUGCCAGUGGCAUCACUCAUUUGCAGCGCAUUGGAAUAGGCUUUGCCUCCAUGAUACUUGCAUCAGCUUUUGCAGCAGUUGUUGAGAGAAAGAGAAAAGAAGCUGCAGUGGAGAUGUCCCUGUUCUGGCUCGCGCCUCAGUUCUUCCUGCUGGGCGUGUCGGAUGUCACGUCAUUUCCUGGGCUCCUUGAGUUCUUCAACAGUGAGGCGCCUCGGGGCAUGAAGUCCAUCGCCACAGCAUUGUUCUGGUGUGAGGUAGGGCUCGCGUCGUUGCUGGCCACCUUCCUGGUGCAAGGGGUGAACAGCGCCACGGGGCAUGGGCACCAUGGAGGAUGGCUAGAGGGUACAAGCUUGAACAACAGCCGUCUUGACCUGUUCUACUGGGUUGUAACUGUUGUCGGAUUUCUUGGCUUCCUUAACUACCUGUACUGGGCGAAGAAAUAUGUCUACCGGCAGGAUCCACUCGUCGUGGAUGAGCCAUCAGCCGAUCAAGAUUCACCUUAAACUGCUGCACUCGAACUGUCCUUUACUUCAGAAAGGCAAAGCGCCCUCUGGUUCCCAGUGCCACUUAUGAGCUGCAAAGCAGUGCCUCAAUCCUGUACCGUAUCACAUACUGAUGUCUGAUUGUAUCUAUAUUGUUUGUUGUAUUUCAUCCACGAUACUUAACGGUAAUUGUGACGUUUAUGAAAUGGUCACUUCAAAGGCUAUCGCCACAGUUUGUCAUCAUAGAUAAAUGUAACUAGGUCUGGGUGGUUCUCCAUGGCGAAGUUUGUAAUAGAAAAAUGUAACAAAUAUGCCAAGUCUGUAUAACCCUGCCAGCUUGGCUAUGUAUGUAUCAUCACUGGCAGUGGUUCACCAUGAAAUGAAUUGUCUAUGAACAUCAUGGCUCAUAUCA